UCAGGUAUACUAUGAAUGUUGACUGUCAGUUUUUUAAGGAGCAUCUAAAGAAUGGUUUACCGUACAAAUAUGUAGUGUAUUCCCCUAAAGUGAGAAAAGUUGGCCAUCAGUUUGAAUACUUACAUGGGGCUCCUAAUGAGAAUCCUCGUAAGAAUCGAGUAUUAAAAGUUCCUCAAGAGAAAUUAAAAGAAGAAGGCUAUUAUAGGCAGUUUGACACGAUGAUCCUUCCUCAAGUUAAGGCACGAACUUCUAGGAAUGUUGUCAGGAAGGUUUGGGAUUAUAUGUGGAAGUCAGAAUCUGAAGAUACAAUUACUGUUCCUACCCCUGCUGUAAUGAGGUCUCAGUGUAUGGAUAUUCACUUGCAACCCAUAAAGAAUAUUCUUAUUGAGGGAAAAUUUGGCUCAGAAUAUAACAUUCAGAGAGCAAUAGAUGGAUGUGUAGCAUUGUUUAAGUGUAUGUAUGUACAGUGGGUUGAUUCCAGCUAUAAUCCAUGUUAUAAAUGGCUCGUGGAGGAAGUUAGCCCAUAUGUCAAGGAGUGGUUUGAAUGCAUUGCAUUGGAGCUGCUUACAUCAGACACACUUGAAUCCCAUAAUCGAGUUGUUUCUGGUGUAAUAAUUGCCUGUUGUCUAAGGAAUUUAAUAAAAGUACAUCCUUUUGAAAUCACACCAGACAUGAAAUUGAGUUUAUUGCAAGUGAUGAGUUUGACUGUAGAUAAUGGACAGAAGGAGCUGAAUUUUUUGAGAAGCAUGAUUACAACACCAGAAGCGAAGAAUUAUAUUACUGAUGCUGUUCUUUAUUAUCUAAGUGCUCUUAUUGAAUCUGGAAAACCAGAAUUUGCAAUCAUCAUCAUCAAAGCAUUGCCACUUUAUAAUUUCUUAUUUGAUUCCUCUGAGCCUUAUCAGCAAUUAAAAAUUUCCUCGCUAAAUGAAAUAAAGUGGGACAAUCCUUUGUUAUUAUUAUCAAAACUAAAGCAUACUUUGAAUGAUAUAAGAUUUAUUGAGAAAAAUACUGGAGACAUUCAGAGAUUAUUUCAAUUUGAUUCGCACCUCUUGAUGUUAGUACCCUAUAUUUGUCCUCGAAAAGAAACAAGUCUACUAUGUGACAUACUCCCUCUUCAUUUAGCGAUUGUUUGGCUUAUCGAGAGACUCAAUUUACAUUCAGAAACUCAUAAUUUGCGGCUGUCAUCAAUUUCUGAUCAUAAAAUGGAAUUUUGUUUCAAAAAGCCACUAGCUUGCAUUAUGUUCAGACUUUUUGAGACAGAAAUAACCAGUAUUGAUGAACUUUCUUGCAUAUCUAGUGCUGCUUAUUGCCUUCUUGAUAGUUUUAAAGACAGGUUGAAUGAUUCAAAAAAUGCAAAGAUUUUAGUUAACAAUACUAUUUCCCUUUUUAUACACAUUCUUCACAAAGCCAAGACAUGUCCCAAAAAGUCAAAUGAUCAACAAAACCUAUGCCAAAUUCAAAUUAUUACUGUGACUGAUCUACUUAAAUUUUGGAUUCAGUGCAAUGAUGUUAUUGGUGGCAAUCCUUAUUUUGGUGGAGGACUGAGAUAUGGACAUUAUACUUCAUCAGUACAAGGACUAAAGAAAGAAGA